CGGGGCCGCGCUCUCCGCGGCGGGGCGGCCCCCAGCUCGGCGGAGCCGCCCUCCCUCCGUCCUUCCCUCCCUCCCUCCAUCCCUCCGCCGCCAAUCCGGCCGGGGAGGCGACACCCGAGGGCUCCGAACGGUGCCGGCGGAGCGGGAGCCGCCGCCGCCGCCAGCAGCAGCAGCAGCAGCGGGGCACAUGGCAUGCCUGAUGGCGGCUUUCUCCCUGGGCACCGCUCUGAACGCCAGCAGUUCUGCCUGUAAUAUGGCCGAGCCAAAGUCAGUGUGCGUUUCAGUGGAUGAGGUGGUCUCCAAUGGCACAGAUAACCAAGACGUUCGACUGAUGAAUGGACGCUUAAAAAAGGUGGACAAUACUCUGACAGAAGCUCAUCGUUUCUCCUACCUGCCACGCAGACCAGCUGUAAACAUCGAGUUUAAAGAACUGUCGUAUUCCAUCCAAGAAGGGCCGUGGUGGAGGAAGAAAGGUUAUAAGACCCUUUUGAAAGGAAUUUCAGGGAAGUUCAGCAGUGGAGAACUUGUUGCCAUUAUGGGUCCUUCGGGAGCUGGGAAGUCAACACUCAUGAACAUUCUGGCAGGAUACAGAGAGACAGGAAUGAAGGGAGAAAUUCUCAUCAAUGGACAGCCUCGUGACCUGCGCUCUUUUCGCAAAGUCUCCUGCUACAUCAUGCAAGAUGACAUGCUCCUUCCUCAUCUGACUGUCCAAGAAGCUAUGAUGGUAUCUGCUCAUCUGAAACUUCAAGAGAAAGAUGAAGGAAGAAGAGAAAUGGUAAAAGAAAUAUUGACAGCCCUCGGUUUGCUAACAUGUGCCAAUACGAGGACUGGAAGUCUUUCUGGAGGCCAGAGAAAGCGUCUUGCCAUUGCUUUGGAGCUGGUGAACAAUCCUCCUGUCAUGUUUUUUGAUGAACCAACCAGCGGCUUGGAUAGUGCAUCAUGUUUUCAGGUUGUCUCUCUGAUGAAGGCUUUAGCUCAGGGUGGCCGGUCCAUCAUCUGCACGAUUCACCAGCCCAGUGCUAAACUGUUUGAGUUGUUUGAUCAGCUCUAUGUUUUAAGUCAAGGUCAAUGCAUUUACCGUGGCAAAGUAUUAAAUCUAGUCCCAUACUUGAGAGAUUUGGGGUUGAAUUGUCCAACCUACCACAAUCCAGCAGAUUUUGUUAUGGAAGUCGCAUCUGGUGAAUAUGGAGACCAGAACAGCCGGCUGGUAAGGGCAGUACGGGAGAGGAUAUGUGACACAGACUACAAGAGAGAUGGUGGUGGUGAGAAUGAGCUGAAUCCCUUCCUCUGGCACCGGCCCUCUGAAGAGGAUUCCUCAUCCACAGAAGGCUGCCACAGCUUCUCCGCCAGCUGCCUAACCCAGUUCUGUAUCCUCUUCAAAAGAACUUUUCUCACCAUCAUGAGGGAUUCAGUCCUGACACACUUGCGUAUCACCUCACACAUUGGAAUUGGUCUGCUCAUUGGCUUGCUCUACUUAGGCAUCGGCAAUGAAGCUAAGAAAGUCCUCAGCAAUUCCGGCUUCCUCUUUUUUUCCAUGUUGUUUCUCAUGUUUGCUGCGCUCAUGCCAACUGUCCUUACAUUUCCUCUUGAGAUGGGAGUAUUUCUUAGAGAGCAUCUGAACUACUGGUACAGCCUGAAAGCCUACUAUCUUGCCAAAACGAUGGCGGAUGUUCCUUUUCAGAUCAUGUUUCCUGUAGCUUACUGCAGCAUCGUCUACUGGAUGACUUCGCAGCCAUCUGAUGCACUCCGAUUUGUCCUCUUUGCAGCCUUGGGAACCAUGACAUCCCUGGUGGCACAGUCACUAGGUCUUCUCAUAGGUGCAGCCUCUACAUCCCUCCAGGUGGCCACUUUUGUGGGGCCAGUUACUGCCAUCCCAGUGCUUCUGUUCUCCGGGUUUUUUGUCAGCUUUGAUACCAUCCCAACAUACCUCCAGUGGAUGUCCUACAUUUCCUAUGUCAGAUAUGGGUUCGAAGGAGUAAUUCUCUCCAUCUAUGGACUGGAUCGAGAAGACCUGCAUUGUGACAAAGAUGACACUUGCCAUUUUCAAAAAUCAGAGGCCAUUCUGAGAGAACUGGAUGUAGAAAAUGCCAAACUUUACCUGGACUUCAUCGUUCUUGGAAUUUUCUUCAUCUCUCUGCGCCUAAUUGCCUAUUUUGUUCUCAGAUACAAAAUCCGAGCAGAGAGGUAAAGGAAAAACAACUAAAAUGAUGCAGUAGGAAGAUCUUUAGACAUGCAAUAGAGGGCUCUUGACAUUGUCUCACUGUGGCAGGCCCGUCUCCAGUGCCCAGCUAGAUGCUGUUAUGACCUAGCCCAUAGAGAACCGCAUUGGGAUAGAGGACAUAUAGUGUUAAGCCAAUCAGUCCCGCUGGGUUGGGUCAUGUUUUUAUUACACUUUCUAGCUUUAACUAGGAAGAAGAAAUAGAAGGGAAUUUUACAACACAGAAUAUCAAUACUGAGACAGUGUAACUGUAAUAAAAAAAACUGGUUGUAGGAAAUUUCCUUAUGAAAACCAAUCAUGCGACAAGGUAAUACUAGUCCUGGUAGCCAGAAUUGUAUAAUGUCAUUAUAAGUGACAAGGUAAUGAGAUGCAAAAUGGAGAAUGCAAAGAAAAUAUAAUUCUCUCAUCUUUUUAAAUUCAGAGUUUCAUCUUUGCAGUUUUAUAUGUAUUAUUUAGCAAUUAUUUUCCACAGAAUUACCCCUUCUGGCCAAAAGUCUGUAAAUGUAAUAAUUAUUAACAAAAAAAAAUAUCUUUUUAACAUGGAUACUUUUUAAAAACAAACAAAAAAAUCUAAAAUUAUUCAAGUCAUUAUUUUUGUUUCUGUCUAAAUUUAGAAUUUUGGUGCUUUACUUGUCGAGCUGGUCUCAUAUCUGAAAAUCUUAAUGUUAGGAGGAAAAGGCAGAUUCUGAGUCUGCACUAAACCUGUGGUCUGUAUGUGGAAGCAACAAUAGAUAGCACAGACAUGUUCAAGCUACUGCUGAAUGAUUGAAAAUGUUCUUUUGCAGUGUCUUUUAAAUCCUAAAUGUUUGUUAUAUUGAAAAUACUGACUCUGCUCAUCAUCCGUUUGAUCUACCUCUUGUGAAUGAAAAGAUCAAAGCACUCCAAUGCUCUUUUUUUCUUAAAUUAUGAAAGCAGAAUCUACCCCUAAAGCCUGAGCAAGAUACAUCCACAGCUCAAAGCUUGGGGUGUUGUGUUAAACCACUAGCGACUGCCUCCUGUGGCAGCAUUUAAAAUACCUGUAACACUCUAUGUGUAGGAGUCUCCUCAAAAUAUGCAAAGGGCCUUGUAAUAUUUCAGGGUUAAUCAUACCAAGCAGUUUUGUUCUCAUCCCGAAGUCUACAUGCGUGACAUGGGAAUUAACACCAGUGAAACCAUUGCAAGAGGCAUGCAUUUGUUCUGCAUAUCUCACCUUUGUAAACUUGGUGGGGGGAAUUCUGACUCCAAGUCGAAGUGAAUUUUGUCGCUGAUUUUCCCGGGUUUGGAUUGGCAACCCAAAAUGACAGCAUGGGACCAAUGCCCAUGUUGGACACCCUGGUAAACUUCUGUUGGACACCCUGGUAAACUUCUGUGUGAGUUCUCCUACCUUCUGCGGUUACUGUGUGUUUUACCUUAGUGUCACAGACAUCCAGGCCAGACCUACGCAUUCUAUAAAUGCAUUAUUCCUAUCAGGACACUGAGGUCUUGUAGAUUGGAAGCAGCUCGGUGACAGCAAACCACUCAGGAGCUCAGCAACUCGUGACGGAAUAGUUGAGGAGAGAGACCUUGUGCAUCUGCUGGCCACCAACAGUCACAGCUCACAGUCUGGCUUUGAGGACUCCAUGACCACAUCUAUAUUAGUAUACUAAAUAGUUCCAGGGCCUGGUCUCUGUUCUUUAGGCUAGUUUUCACAGUCUGCCUUUGUCUGUCCUGUUAAUCCUCAGACAGCUGGAGCUACCAGGAACAAUCCCUGCACUGUACUAACUUUUAAACAGUGCCCAAACACUGUCUGGAAAAGCUCAGGUUGUGCUGAGCCGCAGCUCUGCCACUUAGCAGUGAAGACAAUUGUUUUCCUGGCCCAUGCCCAGGCUCUAUUUUAUUUGCUGGUACAGACACAGACUGUGUGUAUCUAUUAAGCUCAGAGUGCUUGAAUUAAGCCAGUCUUCUAGACUGAAGUCAGGUCACUUGUAUUAGGAAGGUCAGCUGAACUUUCUCUGGAAAUAAGUUGACCUGUGAAAAUAAGGUCAAUCUUUACUGUAGAAGAAAAAAAAGGCAAAAAACUCCUUGUCCAACCUCUCUGCAUGUUUUUGUUGCUGUUUUUUCACAAAAUAUCCCUGAAGCCAGUAGAGCUUUUAUACAGCUCCGCAGCUUUUCCAGGUAUAUUCACAAUCAGGUAUGGGCCUCCAUGGCUGUCAGAUAGGAGAAAUUAAGCACUUUGAUUAUUCUAGGUAAUAUUCUGAACUGUGAACAGUUUUUGAACAAGUCACGAAUUCCUUGUUCCCCUGAAUUCCCUUGGCACAAUGUACCUUGAUUAUUUUAAGGCUCUCAAAAUAAUUUGUGAAUAUUUCAGGCAGUUGCUGUUUGCAAACAGAUACAGGACUAUGUUUCUCAGAUUACUCUUGUUGCACACUGCUGGUCCAGCUGUAAGCUAGCUGAGUAUGAAAGUGUGUAACAUCCACAGCAUGAAAUAAAUUCAGGGUUUGAUUUGCGUUUAUCAACACCAUUUACCAAAUAGCACACUGAGGAUCUCAUGAAACUUGCCAAGUGAAAUAACUUUGCUGAUAAAACUGGUACUUCACCACUCUCAGCUUAGACAAGGAUAUUGCAGUCUCCUCCCACCCAGACCAAUUUAGCAGUAUGAGCGCUUUGGAUCCUGUCUUGUUAUCUGUGCCUGUUCCUGUGUUUGUAGACUUUCUUAUUUUACCUCAUUAGUCUGCAACAUACUGUUCUGUACUGUAAGUUUGUACUGUGUUACCGUAGCCAAAAGUCUGGUCCUCCAUGGGUAUUCCUAAGAAAAUGCAUGCUUUCGACUAUUUUUGGUCACUCUUUUUUUUAUUAGAUGUGCUUCUUCCCAGCCAUCUGCUGGCAGAAUUUAGCUGAAAGUUACUAUUCUAAGGAACGCUUUCAGACUGUAGUAUCCCAGUAAGGAAAUAAAUGAUUUUUCUUGAAGCCAAUGCUACACAUAAAUGAGAUAAUCAUUCUUUCCCUCCUUAGUGCUAAAAUUAACUGAUAUCUCUUUUGCUGAUACUGUGGGACAGAAGUAUUUGAAGUCCGUCCCAGUUAUAUUUUCGUAUGCUGCAAAGUCUUUUAGCAUAGGCUCAACUUGGCCUUUCUCCCUUUAUGUGGAAAUAAGUUCUAGCAGGCUAGUAUUAAAUGCUUUCCCAUGUUAGUGGACUGAGCUUGCAUGUGCUGUGGUGUAAGCAAGCUCAUUGCCAAGCUCUGGAGACUUCGUGCUGAGAUAUAAUGAGGCCAGCAGGAUUCUAAAGACUUCAAAACCUCAUUUUAUAUAGCCAUAUAUAAGUAGCCAUAAACUGGUUGAAAUCAAUGCCAUUAUCACCAUUCAAACCAGUCACAAUCUGGCUAAAAAUUGCACAAGAGGCACAAAAGUUUUCUAAAGUUCUCUUGAAGACUGAAUGUGUGAUUUCUGUUGUGAUUACUAGAAGAUGGGCAUUCUUUUGGCUUCCUUGUUUCGUUUGGACUUACUUUGUUCCUGUUGCUUUGGUUAUAAUGUGCACCAAUUAACACUUUAUGUGCUUCUUUUUUUUUUUUUGGCAGAAACUUGCAUAUAAUAUGAAAACCCCUGAAAGUUUUUAGGAGGAAUUACUUUUAUUUACAAUUAAAUAAAAGAUUUGGAAAGUAGUCUGUACUCAUAAGAAAUUCAGAAAAAAAUCAUCUUUAUAGAUCAAAAGGAGAAACAAAAAUAUCUGGUGGUGAAUUCCUGUUCAAUUCUUAAUAUUUGGAGCCCCAAAUAUUUCUUUUAUCAUUACAGUAGAGGAAUAUAUAUGCACAUUAAAGAAAGAGAGAUGGUAUAGGUGUAAUAUAAUGAACACUUGUGUCCAGACACUGGAUGUAUCAGAUGGCUGGCAUUUCGAUCUAUUCUUUUGAACCACAAAUUUCUUUUGAGGGGCAGAAGAGAAGGAAAAUCAAGCAGAGAGAUGAGUGUAUAUUUUCCUGCGUAUUUACUGUUGCUUUGCGUAAUUGCUUUUGUGUAAUUUUGGUAAUGAAAAAGAUCUAUUUUUUUCUUUCUGCACCAGAAAUGCCAAUCCACGUCUGCUUUGCAUACAAAAAAUGCCAGUGUUUAUUUGUACUUUCCAAAAUAAGCAGAAAGGGUUCUUUUUUCAGUAUUAACUUUUACUGAAAUACAGUUUUGUUCUUUUGCCUGCUGCUCUGUGAUGAUUACCUUCAGAAACAAUAAAAAAGGGCAGAGGGAGGGACUUAAUGUGCAAUGGUUAUGUUCUCAAACAGAGAUCCUUGGAAAAUGUGUGCGAGAGGGGUGCAGAUGGCAUGCGUGCCUCUUCCACAUUGCCUCUGCUCACUGAGCUGUAGGUCAACCCCACUUGGUGGCUCAGUGGGAAGACGGUGAUGUGUACUUGUCCUGCCUAAUGCAAGAGAGCCCCCUGUUAAAGGUUGGACUAGAUGAUCUUAGAGGUCUUUUCCAACCUAAACAAUUCUGUGAUUCGAAGAGCAAGGAUAUUAGAAAACAUCACGGUUGGUUUUGGCACUAGCUGACCUCAGGCUCCUCCAGAGCAGGUUGAGUGUGGUAGAUAAUCAGGCUGGAUUUCUGCGUCUCAGUGGUAUCAAAGAUAUUGUCCUGGAGGUUAUUCUUUUUUCCUUUUUUGUGUGUGUCCAUUUUCCUACCAGAACACCCUGAAAGGGUGCAAUUGCUCAGGAACUACUUCCCUUUUGUUCUGUAUGGAAACCAUUAACGAUGUCUGAUAAUCACAAAGGCAUUUUGAUAAGCUGUUGGGAACUAGAAGUAGGCAGAAGAUGACGCUGUGUCAUGUCCUUUCUAACAGUUUGUGACAGGCCGAUCAUUGCUGAGCCCAUGACACAGGUCCUACUAAUUGUACAACACCACACUAGUGAGUGUUUAAAUGAAUUGCGAGGUCUCACUGAAGGUAAUCACGGGCUUUCCUAUUCCUGGACAGGGGCAGUAGCAUUUUCAGGGAUCAACUCCUACUGUCCUGUUCCUGAAUACCUGUUCUCAUAAUAUAGAGAUUUUUCUUGUGGAUCCCACCGACUGUUUUUUUAUAACCCAGAUGCGUAUUACAAGUCCAGAAGUUACAGGUUGAGCCUGCAAGCAUCACAAGUUUGCUUUUAAUUGUGUGUAUGUUAGCAUACUUCUCUUUCUGUACACAUUUCUUACAGAUUUUGCAAAAGAGUAAUGGUACCUUACAGCAUUAAAUCUAGCUUCAAUGUUUUUAUUAUUUUGAAAUCUUAUAAUGAACCAUAGCUUUACACAGAUGUCAGUUGUAGAAGCUUCUUUUAAGAGAGUUAGAUUUCUAUUGAGACUAAUUGCAAGAACUGUAAAAGGAUGACCAGUCAAAAUAUGUACCCUUGUGCAAAAGAAAUUCCCACGACUCAGCCUACCAGCCUGCGUUCUGUACGUUGUUUAUGCCUUCAAGGUACAUCGAGAAUUUAUUGAUCCAUUCUCUUUCUUGGGGUUUCUGUACAGCUCUGGCCAUGCAAAACAAUUUCUCGUGUCCUUCCAUCUAGUUACUUGUUGUUGUCUACGUGGUUAAAAUGAGCUUCUUGGGACCAGUGCAAAGGAGUUUGAGGUGAAGCGCUGACUUUUUAGAGUUCUUUGAGCUACUGAAUACCUCACGGUCUGGAUCUGAGGGUGCGCUUCUCUCCGCUCUUUCAAGAAGAACAAAAUCUAAAAUGUCUUUUUAAGCAGAUUAUAAGAUGACAUGGAAAUCCUUAUUUUUAAGUUUGUGUUUUGUUUUUUUUUUUUUUUUUACUUCGGUGACAUCUGUGAUGUCUUUCUUCUUACCCCAUUUUAACUUAUUUUUGUAACCCAUUUAGUGUAAUCGUUACACAAACUUCUUCCUCUUCCUUUAAAAAGCAGCUUUCCCACCGCGCAAAGUUGUUGAACAAUUUUUUUAAAUAUUGAACAAAUGCUCCUAAGUUACAGGAUAAAUACAUGAAAUUUAAGGAAAAAGAGUAUGUGAUAUAUCUAAAAAGAAAAAAAGUUCUGCAGUGUAGCCAAACCCUUAUGUAUGUCAGUAAGCCUCGUGAAAUACUUUGAGUCAGUUGACCUUAUUGUGAGAUACUACCCUUGAAUCUGUAAUUGAAUUAUUUAACAUUUGUUCUUUUGUUUUUAAAGCAAGAGUCAAUGCAAGUAUCAUUCUAAAUCAGCGUGCUGAAGUGUGCAUAUUCUGUAUAUCGAAUGUCAUUGUUGUCUCUUUUUUCUGUAAUGCAUUUGCAUUACUAUGAAUCAAUUUUAUUACGCUUCUCUAGAGACUUUUGCUGCCUGCACGCUGUGAUAUAUUUGCACUGUUGUAGAUAUAUAUAUACAUAUAUGUAAUUAUAUUAUAUAAACCAUGUCUUUUUCAGGUUGCUUGUUACCUUUGUAGUUAACGCUUACUGGUACAGUGGACCUGAGUAAAAAUGUGGGAUGUGGGGCAUUCUGAUGAUAUAUGACAAUAAUAGAAAAAUCUUUGUAUAUUUCUGUAUACUUAAUACCCGUAAGAGAUUUGUAUGUGCAUUAUUUUCCAAACUAGGGCUUUGUUUUCUGAGAAUAGAGACAUUUAUGAUAAUGUAACAAAAAAAAAUCAAAUAAAGUGUUAUUAUUUUCAGA